UUACCAACUCAACCUCUUAAGUCUUAACACGAGAUGGAGAAAAUGAUGAAUGGGUGUUGUUGAAGACAAAUUUAGACAAUCCUUAGUUGUUGAAGGAGAAGAAAGUGAAAGUAAGGAUGGUUACCUCGUCAGAGAUUGCAGCAAAGCUGAACCUAAAACCACACCCAGAAGGUGGGUUUUAUGCAGAAACGUUUAGAGAUUCUUCUAUUGUUCUCUCCAAAUCUCAACUGCCUCCUCAAUACAAGGUUGAUCGCCCUGUCAGCACAUGUAUUUAUUUCCUACUACCAUCAGGCAGCGUGUCACACCUUCACCGAAUACCAUGUGCAGAAACCUGGCAUUUUUAUGCUGGAGAACCUCUUACGAUAUUUGAACUAGAUGAGAAAGAUGGACAAAUUAAAUUAACAAGUCUAGGAAAUAAUCUUGUUGGAAGCAAUCAGCAACCUCAGUACACAGUGCCUCCAAAUGUAUGGUUUGGUUCUUUUCCAACCAAGGAUGUUCAGAUAUCCUCAGAUGGGUUGGUGAGCAAAGUUGAACCUAGGGAUGCCGACAGCCACUACUCCCUUGUUGGCUGCACUUGUGCACCUGCCUUUCAGUUUGAGGACUUUGAGUUGGCAAAGCGCUCUGAUAUUAUAUCUCGUUUUCCCAAUCAUGCAGAGCUCAUCUCUCUACUUACCUUUUCUGAGUAAAGAGAAGACUGUUUCUGUACCGAUCUGGGAAUUUCUGGCUUGUAAUGCACCAAUGCUUGUGGAAAUCAGCUUCUGAGUAAACUACGUACCUCCAAAGUUUUACUUGUAUCUCUGGAAAUCAGCUAGUCUACUAUAUGCGUGAAAUUUGUAAUAUUUUUCACUUCAAAUUAUAAAACAAUCGGAAGACUUUGAGUCUUUGUAUUCA